CUAAACCUACGCCCAGGCCAUACCAUACCAAUCUCAAGUUUCUUAAGAACUUUAAUGAUCAGUUUCUUGAGAACUUUAAAUCAUCCAAUCGGAUCACAUGGAACCGGUUAUGUGCUUAACAUUGCUCAAUCUGGGCAUGCAUUGAUGAUCUUAGAGAAAAUGUGCAGAACUGGGCAUCAGUCUUUGGGUGACAAUAACAGUACAUACCUUGAUAGCUCAACAUGCAGGUCUAUUAGCUGCUCCAUUUUUCUGACCCCAUGCUGCGCGUGCACCCAAUCUAAGCUCUAGAUGUUUACAAACAUUGAAGGGGUCUAUAGGUUUAGUCAGAGUUUUUUUCUUUCUCUGAUUCCUGAUAAGUCAAAUAGUGUGCAUGUCCACAUACUACGGGAUACUGGGGCAGCUCAAUCGGCUCUGUUAGCUGGUGUUUUACCACUUUCAGAUUGUACUGCCACAGGAAGUCAUGUUUCAGUCUCAGGUUUUGAAAUGACUAAUGUUCAGUUGCCUCUACACAGAUCCACCUGAUCUAUGCUGAUCACUGGUGACUUGUUACUGGAGUGUGUCACUUAUGUCACGGACAGCUCAUUCACAGACCGCAACAUAAAGGGAGACGACCACAAAUCAAAAAAAUCAAACAGAUAAUGUAUUGAAAAUAGAGCAAAAUGAUAAGCAACGAAUAUCUAGGGGAGGAAUAUCUAUCUAUUUGCGAAAACAAAAGAGAGGAAGAGAGUUAGUGAGAUAAAAGGAGAGAAAACAGAGAAAUGAAGCAAUGUGCGUUUGUCAAAAGGAAAUCAAGUAAAGUGCCAACGAGGGCCUACAGAGAGAGGGAGAGAGAGAGAUGCACCUCAUAACGUCAUUAGCCUAGGCAGGCCCAGCCCUGCCCGUGCACUGACAGGCCAGGACCUGAAGGGGGCACAGGGGGUCGGAACAGACCUAAACAUGAAAUCUGUUUUUGAGCACGGAUGGAACUAUGGUGAAAGCCCAUUGGUUGUUUGUCAUCAUCAUUGAAGACAAAUAAUUGGACAUUGUGCACUACGCUCUCUAUGUUGUAACCUUUACUGUGUAGUAGUAGCAUUGCAUAAUACAAGCCUGUUGCGGCAGUAAAUACAUCACAGGGUUUUUCUGACCUGGAAAUUCCCCUGUUGUGCCACAAGUACACUGAGAUAUCCGUUGGCUGCUCCUUGCAAGCAUAAAAAGCCACGCGACUUCAGUAAGAGUGUUAAAGCGGAACACUGGAUCCACCUGAGAGAAGGAUGACCACGGGAAGGCCAAUAACCAUCUUAUUACUUGGGAUUUCUAUCAGCCUUCUAGCUGCAAAUGGCACACAGCAAUGUAGAAUAGAAAAGAACUGGGCGUACUGUAGUGGAAGAUCUUUAGUACAGGUGCCACCAUUGCCCCCCAAUAUUACCCAUGUGGACCUCAGUUUAAACUACUUUCAUAAUCUCAGUGAAGAUUCUUUCAUAGGCCUGGAGAGCCUUGUGCAUCUCGACCUUGGAUCACAGCGUGUCAGAGGUCUCGUCAUCAAGAAUAACACUUUCAGAGGACUGUACAACCUAACGUUUCUUCACUUGGGGGACAACAGGGGAAUGCAGAUUGAGACGGAUGCAUUUCAGGGCCUGUCAAACCUCCGGACUCUUGUUCUGUUGCACUGUGGCCUUGAUGAGCGCAUUCUUUCAGGCAACUAUCUGCGGCCUCUGCUCUCCCUUCAGGAGCUGAACCUCUUUGGCAACAACAUAAAGCAAUUCACACCAGCUAUGUUCUUUAGAAAUAUGACAAAUCUCAGUGUUUUAGAUCUCUCCAUUAACCGAAUGAAAUCUAUAUGUGAGAGCGAUUUAGUUGCCUUUCAAGGUAAGCACUUCAGGCUGCUCAGUCUGUCCUCCGUUCACCUGACUGACAUGAAUGCGUGGACUUUUAACUGGACAAAAUGUGGAAACCCCUUUAAGAACAUGUCAUUUGACACUCUCGAUUUAUCACUUACGGGACUGAGCACCAAUAAAGCAAAAUUGUUUUUCUCUGCUAUUCUGGGCACCAGGAUUAACCAUCUGAUUCUCCGUUCAAAUAUCAUGGGUUCAGGAUUUGGGACCAGCAACCUCAAGGAUCCAGAUAGACUCACAUUUGAACCUCUACAAUUCAGUGGCAUUAAAUCCAUUGACCUGUCCAAAAACUUUAUCAAUGUUAUAAAGAACUCUGUUUUCACACCGUUGGCUAAUUUGUCAAGCAUAACAAUGACAAGUAAUAAGAUAAACUCUAUAGAGAAAAAUGCAUUUCUUGGCCUGACAGAUUUACAAAAGCUAAACCUCUCUCAUAACCUCUUAGGAGAAAUUUAUUCCCAUACAUUCAUGAAUCUGCCCAAUUUGAGAAUUCUAGAUUUGUCACAAAACAACAUUGGCGCGCUUCAGUAUCUAUCCUUCCUUGGGCUUUCAAAUCUACGCUUUUUAAAUCUCACAGGAAAUUGCCUGUUGUCAGUGUACAAUCUCUCCCCCCUGCCCAGUCUGCAAGAGCUGCACCUGGAUGAUAACAAAAUUGCAUCAGUGGAUGGACUACAGACUACAGUGAACAGUGCAACCACAGUAUCUCUCAAUAAAAACAGACUGGACAAUAUGCAGGAUUUAUUCACCAUACUGGCUAAUUUCCCCAAUGUUACACAAAUCAGUGUUGGGGACAACUUAUUAUCCUUUUGUUCCACUAGUUCAAAGAGUUCAAUACCAUCUAGUAACAGGAUGAGAGAGCUUCAUCUGCAAAACAAUGCUUUGCAGUUGAUAUGGGAAAGAGGACAUUGCCUGCAUUUAUUUGAUCAGCUCAGUGAACUGUCAUUUCUGUCUUUAAGUUUUAAUUUACUAGAGUCCCUACCAGAUGAGCUAUUUAAAGGCCUGUCCUCUCUCUACAGUUUGGAUUUGUCCCACAACUCUCUAACCCAUCUUCCAGAGCGCAUAUUUCCAGGGAGUCUGAAAGUGCUGGACCUCUCCGACAACUUCCUCAGUAGUCCGGAUCCAGGACUCUUUCGUUCUCUCAGUGUCGUUGACCUGAAAAAGAACCGUUUCUCCUGUGACUGUGACCUGAGGGCUUUUCUUGUUUGGGCAAAACAGGCCAAAGCAACUUUGUUCACUCCGAUUUCGCAACUGUACUGCAAGUUCCCCAAAGCACAGCGUGGUGUUGCAAUCGCAACCUUCACUACCCGCUCAUGUGACCAGUGUCCCUGCAACUGUCCCUGAAAAAGGAUUUGACUUUAGAGGUCACAGAGUCGGGUUGAGCUGUUAGUCCUGCUUUAAUGUACAGCAUUAUCUUGAAGACUAUACUACAGGAAGUCAAAAUAAUAAGCAAGAAGUACAAAAUAGAUAUCAAGUAUUUGUUGUAUGUCCUGUAGCAAAUGGAGAAUCAGGUCAGACAAGUUCAUACUGGUGAUAUCAAAAACAAAGUAAAUAACCAGAGGAAAUGCACAAUGUAUAACAACUAUUUAUUGAUUAUUAAUGAUUUGUAUAUGUAAAUGUAGUCUAGCCCUCCCAAACACAUAUUUUGUUGAGACUAAAUAUAUUAUAACGUGCAGAAAGAUAUAUAUUUUUUUAUCAUAAUGGAAUUGAGAAACUUUGGAAAGGUGUAGUAAAAAGAAUGUUAUGUGAAGGAUUUUUUGCCUUUAUAUCACUAUAUGCUAAAGAAUGUUUCUGAAAGGAUGUAUUGUAACUGCAUAACAUAGGCCUACUGAUGUAUUGUAAGUAUUUAUGUGAGUGUUGGCACCUACCACUAGGUGGUAGUAUUUGUAAAUUAAAGACUGGCACCAUUAAAAAAAUAAAACCAUGAAA